CGCCCACUUCCUAUAAGCCUGGUUCUGGCUGUCCCUGUGCCAGGCCUCCAAGUGCCCUGAGAGCUACCGGCCGGGGUCGGGGGGCUAUGGGAGCUCAGGGCAGGCACCUCCCAUGCUCCCACAGGAGCCACCAGGACAUGAAGGUCAUAGGCCUCUCCUCUCCUCCUCUUCCUGUUUGACCUGAAUGCCGCCAGGCCGACAGCCUCAAGGAUUCCAUCUGAGAAGAUGCAGGCUGGAUCCCCUGUCUUCCCACAGGCCCUGUGUCUUGCUCAGUCCAUCUGACUCCGCUUUCCCAUCCUAGGCCUCAGGAGCCGGGACACUCCCUGAGUCCUCUGGGAGCCCUUAAGCCACACUGAAAACACAGACCCUUGGAGAAGCAGCCAGCAGUGAGGAAUCCUGGAACCCCUUCCCAGGGAGAGCCUUCCCAUGACCCCCAUGAAGAGAUCGGUGCAAACACAGGUGUCAGAGCCCUUCACGGAGUCCUGGGGUGAGGAGUCCCUGCCAGAGCUCCCCACAGAGCAGUCCCUGACCGAGUACUCUGACCUCGAGGAGGCUCCCUCGGCACACACUCUCUAUGUAGGCCAUCUGAACCCCCAGUUCUCAGUGCCAGUGCUCGCCUGCCUGCUGCGAGACACCCUGGAGCGGCUGGAGAUGCCGGUGGCGCGGGAGCACAUCGAGGUGGUGAGGCGGCCGCGGAAGGCCUAUGCGCUGGUGCAGGUGACUGUCCGCAGGGACACCCUCGCCUCCCUCCCCUGGCGCCUGCAGACAGCCCUGGAGGAGCACCUAAUCCUCAAGGAGCUGGCAGCCCGUGGGAAGGAGCUGCUAUUGAGUGAGGCCCAAGGGCCCUUAAGCCACAGAGAGGAGGAGGAGGAGGAGGACAGUGGCCUGAGCCCCGGCCCCAACCCAGGCUCUGGCGUCCCGCUGCCCGCCUGGCCUACGCACACGCUGCCUGAUAGGCCCCAAGCCUGGCAGCUGCAGAGCUGCCAGGGCCGGCCCAGUGGCGUGUGCUCCGACAGUGCCAUUGUGCACCACGAGAUCGUGGGCAAGGACCAGCUCUUCCAGGGUGCCUUCCUGGGCAGCGAGACUCGCAACAUGGAGUUCAAGCGGGGCAGCGGUGAGUACCUGAGCCUGGCCUUCAAGCACCACGUGCGGCGCUAUGUGUGCGCCUUCCUCAACAGCGAGGGCGGCAGCCUGCUCGUGGGAGUGGAGGACAGCGGCCUGGUGCGGGGCAUCCACUGCAGCCACCGUGACGAGGACCGCGCACGCCUGCUGGUGGACUCCAUCCUGCAGGGCUUCAAGCCUCAGGUCUUUCCCGAUGCCUACACUCUGACCUUCGUCCCUGUGAUCAGCACCUCGGAGACCAACGUCCCCCUCAAGGUGAUCCGCCUGACCGUGCACACCCCCAAGGCCCAGAGCCAGCCGCAACUCUACCAGACAGACCAGGGGGAGGUGUUUCUGCGGCGCGACGGGAGCAUCCAGGGCCCGUUGUCCGCCAGCGCCAUCCAGGAGUGGUGCAGGCAGAGGUGGCUGGUGGAGCUGGGCAAGCUGGAAGAGAGGGUGAAGGUGCUGACGAUGGAGAAGGAGCAGCUCCAGCAGCAGCUGCAGCAGCACGGGCCUAUGUCCUGCACCUGCUGUGUCCUGUGAGGGCCCUGGAGAACAGGCAAGAUGGCGCGGCGCUCUCCACCUGAGACCCAGGAAUUUCCUGUUUGAGCCUAAGGCCGACCCAGUAAAGCCCAUGCAGGCUGCUGAGAGGCCGACAGGGGCUCCUUCAACAUGACACAGGAGCCCAUGUGGCUUCAACCCUGACAGCCCCCAGUCUGUGUAGCCAAGAAAUUGCUCUCAGGCCUGUCCCCAAACGACCUUUCUUUUAGAAAGAACGUGGAUUGUCCCUCUCCCUAAAACGCUCAUUUGGCCCAGGCUGAGGCCUGUGACUCCAGCUGGCUGGACAGUGCCAGAAGGGAAUCUGUCGUUCCAGGAAAGCCCCUCACAGAUGGCGAGGCAUAUUUGGUGACUGUGGUUACAGGGCAAGAGGCCACCCUGCAGCCCCCACCCCUGACUUGCUGGAACUUGUGAUUGUCAAAGCUCCGUUAAUAAAUUACAUGCACCUGGGA